AUGGCAGAUAGAGCAUUUGACAUUUGGAGUGACUAUCUAGGAUUGAGUAAGGUUAUAGACAGCUUCGUACAAUCGGGACGCAGGCAAGCCCACUGGAGAGUGGAGCCGGAGGAUGGACGGUUGGGACCCGGGGAGACGGUAGGACGUGAUCUGAAGGCCGGGAUGCCUCAGUUACAACACAAGCCAGCGGCUCUGAGGAGUCAUCACAUGGAUCUCGGGGCUGGGCUUUUCUUGACAAUAAACGUCAAAGAUGUUGAAAACAGGCGCUGCAUUAGAGGUGAAGCAAGCAGACAGCUUGGUCCUUCUGCCCGGUCUCGGCACCCAGCUGCUUUCACCCCUGGCGACAGGAGUAUAGCAAGACAGCCCUGUCCUGGGAGCCCGGGGCAGACAGACUCGCUGAAGGGGCUGGCUCAGUCAAUUCUAGUCAACCCUAGAGGGGGCCUGGCUGAGUUUGCAACAUCCCCACCUGGCCAGGGAGAAACAAGGAGAACUGGAGUGGCUGGCGCACGAACCGGCUGCAGGAUCGACCAGCGUUCAUUCAUCUGCACCUUCUGCAAGCAAAACGGGGAGUCCCGGAACAUCUACGCCUCGCACGUUCUCAGAGACGAGGACGGCAGGACGGUGUGCCCGAUCCUCCGCAGGUACACCUGCCCGGUGUGUAAGGCAACUGGAGACAGCGCGCACACCAAACGCUUCUGCCAGUCGCUCCGAGGAAAUUACAGGUCAACUUACAAGAAAACACCGAGGGGACACUGUCUGUACCAGCGAGGUGGAGAAACUAUUUAAGAACUAGUCUGAUUUUCUCGCAUUCAGUGAGGUGACAUUCUGGGUGUGUAAGUAAAUAAUUGCUGAAGGUGGA